GUCGUUCCCAUCAAUCCUUCACAUAUGAAAAUAAUGUCCAAGACUGAGUUCAGAAUAAAACUGUCAAGAAAUUUAGAGAUGCAUUCAGAGCUAUAGUAGAUCCUUGCAUUUGAAAAGCAUGAAUAGCAGCCCAUAUGUCAUUUGACUAUCAUAUGCCUUUGAUAUGCUGAUGUAGAAUUAAAAUAAUGGUUGUUAUGGGAGCCCUUAUUUUGCUAAAAUAGUAACAUAGAACACCUUAUAGCACAAAAGAUGUUAUCAGAAUCUAUGCUUAGACUGCUAGCUUUGUUUUGACUAAUUUGAUAGAGGUAACAAUGAGUCUUGAAAGUUCAAAUUUUAGCUUUUUGAAUAUUAUGUAAUCAUACUGUAUAAAUUGCCUUUUGGUUAUCUGCAGACAAACUUCAAGGAUGAUCAACAACUUGGUGAAUUUGCAGUGCUCUCCUCUGUAUAGUCUAUGAAGGUAGUUAAUCAUAAUUUUCAAGGACCACUUAGCAACAAAAGAGGACCAGCACAAUCUCAUGUCAAGAAGGGUAUUCAUAUGCCUGAUUCUGGUAAAUUCAAGAAUCGUUCUGAGUUCAUUGAGAUUCAUGCAACAGAUACAAUUAUUCAUGAGGUUGAGAGGAUGACCUAUGGUAGAGAAAACCCUGACCCUGUUCAAGUUGAGAAGGCAAAAUUGAUCUUAAGAGAUCAUGAAAGAGCUAUACUUGGGGCACUUGAUAAACUUGCUAAUGUGUCAGAUGUGGAUGAUUCUCCCAAUCAACUGCACUACUCCUAUGAGGAGCCUCAUGGAAACAAACACAAUGUUGGUGAGUGGUGACUUCCUCGGGCAAGUGGUAGAUUGCAUAGCUACCUUACUGAAGGGUUUUAUCGUACCUAUUUUGCAAGAGGGUAUCAUUGUGCAAGCUGAUUAGGAGAUACUAUGACUCGGGCUAGUUAUUCAAAAUUAUUAACCAUUUAUGAAGUCAUGUAGAUAUUGAGCCUGAUAACUGAAACUGUUGAAGACAAUUCAAGGCAUAGAAAUGGUAGAUAUUGCACUUUUCUCUUAUCUGCAGGCCCUUUUCUUCCUCCAUUGAUUAAUGCUUUGUUUUAUAUGGCAGUCGU